AUGUUUUUGAACCUCUGUUGGCUGCUUGUAGCCGUUGCUUACCAGGCAGAGGGUCGAGUUGAUAAAGAUUUUACAAAAUGUUCCCAGGCCUUCUACAAUAAUACCAUGCCUGUUGGUUUUGAAGGCAUUGCCACACCUCAUGACUUUAAGGAGAUACCGGAUGGAAUAACAACAAUAUCUGACCUGAAGUCUCCGGCGUAUAUUUGUCAGACGCUUGGAGGGAACAGUUACUACGCCACUUUAUAUGACCGAGGGAGGCGCAUUCCCCUGUAUUCUGCCUACAUCCUGGACAGGAACAGCAUAGACCCAAAGCCAAACUGUACACGAACCAGUACAUUUAAGUUAGAGCCGCAGCUGAUUUAUCGGAACCUAACUGAAAAUAUGCAAUCAUCUAAGGAUACAGGCCAAUCGAUAGCCAACUAUAGCAAGGAAAAUAUCAUUUUAUUAAACAUAUCUAAAAACAAGCCAGACAAUCUUAUGAAAGCAAGCCAGGCUGUGGACUAUGACUAUGGCAGCAAGACUGAUCCUAACAAGCCUACUACUGCUACUAAGUAUACCAGAGGACAUUUAAAUCCUUGCGGCCAUCAUAAGGAAAAGGAAAACUUCUUGUCUACCUUCACUCUGACCAAUGUUGUUCCUAUGGUAGCAGAGUUGAAUAAUGGUGAAUGGAGUAAAUAUGAGACGGAAAUGAUCUCUAUUUCAGCAGGCUGUGACAAAAUGUACGUAGUGACCGGCGCUGUGCCAGGUAAUAAUAAAUUGAACGAUCGGGUAACCAUCCCCAGUUACGUGUGGAAUGCCUAUUGUUGUGUGGAUGGUUUCAGUGAGCCAAUCAAAUCUGGAGGUGCUAUAGCUGCAAAUGACAAAGCGCUAAUUACAGACAACAAGUUUAAGGUAGUAAAAAUGGAACUCAGUGACCUCCAGGACGAACUGAAAAAACAUCUGGGAAUUUCAAAUAACAUUGAGUUUGAGAUAUUCCAGCAGUGUAAGGAAUGGAGGACAGUUGGAGACCACCACGAGUACAGCUUCCCAGAGGAGUGA